AUGGGAGUCGUUUACGCAAUUGGAUCGAAUGGUUCUGGUCAGCUGGGCAUUGGUCACAAAGAAGAUGUCUCUGUCCCAAAAGAAGUCAAUUUCACCCCCAGCGCCAUUCUUUCAACAGCAUCGAAAGUGAAAGUAGCGGCAGGUGGAAACCAUACUCUCUUACUCUCAUCCGGCGAGAUCCACUGCUCUGGUGAUCCUAGCAGUGGGGCAUGCGGCCUUGUAUCUGGUUCUGAUUAUUCCGACUCUCGCUUUCAGAAGAUCCGUCUCUCAGAAGACUUGAAUAAAUCACGUAUCCUUUUUUGCGCUGCUACUUGGGAGGCUUCUAUCAUAGUUCAGGAAGACGAGAAUGGACGUGCUACGAAAGUCUACACCUUUGGUAUUGGGAAUAAAGGCGAGCUUGCUCAAGGAGAACUCCUCUUUCGCUCUUCCAAGGCCCAUUUAGUCAAAAACUUUCCCCCUGAAGGGAACGAAAUUGUGGACUUGACGGCUUCUGUCACUCAUGUAGUCGCUGUACUGGACAAUGGAGCUGUUUAUGGAUGGGGUAACGGUCGUAAGGGCCAGCUAGGUCAACCGGAAGGCAUUAUCUACGUUCCAAAGAUCAUAGAUGUUGAUUUCAAGGUUCUUCGCACCGUUUGCGGGCGAGAGUUCACUUACCUUGUUGGGGAACCCGAGAAAGGGGAGCAUGUUAUCCUCGGAUCUGAUAAAUGGAACAUUCGGUCUUCCGCUCCACCAGUUAUACCUAGAUGGAAGGAUGUAGGUGCAAGCUGGGGAAGCAUCUUUGUGUUGCAGGAAGAUGGCAAUCUACUAUCUUGGGGCAGAGAGGAUCAUGGACAACUUACCCCUCCAGCAUUGCCAUCAAUGUCACAGAUUGGGGUUGGUAGCGAGCAUGUAUUGGGACUUACAGUGGAAGGGGACGUCUUGGCAUGGGGAUGGGGCGAGCACGGCAACUGCGGACCAAUUACAACAAACGGCGAUGUGAAGGGCCGCUGGAAUGUAAUUGCUUCUUCGAAGUAUUUACCACCAGGGACCAAGAUCUCCGGCAUUGGGGCAGGCUGUGCUACUAGUUGGAUCUUCAUCAGCGAUUGA